AUGCGUAUUAACGCCGACUUGAUAUGCGCCAGCGUCACCCGCUCCCAGACAACGACUGAAUCGUCUGACCCCACGCGCUCGGCCGAGGUAGAGGGGGACGUCGGCCGAAGCUCGCCCAUACCCUACGACAGUUCGACGGUCAAGAUCGGUUCGGAGCUGCCCGAGCGGGAACGAAAGCAGCUCGUCAGCCUCCUGCGGGAAAACGCCGACAUCUUCGCCUGGUCCCCAUCUGAUAUGAUGGGCGUCGAUUCGGAGGUUGCACAACAUCGCCUCAACAUUUCGCCUGAUGCUCGCCCGGUAAAACAGAAACCCAGACGGCAGGCCCCUGAUCGGCAACUCGCCAUACGAGGAGAAGUGGGCCGACUCUUAGCGGCAGGCUUCAUAGAAGAAGCCAGUCUCAACAAUGCAUGCCCAAAAGACUGCUACCCCCUUCCAAAGGUCGACCAGUUGGUCGACGCGACGGCUGGACACGCCCGCCUCUCCUUUAUGGACGCCUUCUCGGGAUACAACCAAAUCAGAAUGGUGCCCGAAGACCAAGAGCAUACAGCCUUUCUCACCGACCAAGGGGUAUACUUUUACAAGGUCAUGCCUUUCGGGUUAAAAAAUGCUGGGGCAACAUACCAGAGAACAGUGAACAAAAUGUUCGCCCAUCAGAUCGGGCGGAACAUGGAAGUUUACGUGGACGACAUGAUUGUAAAAAGCCAAGAGGCGGGAGCCCACCUUGCCGACCUGACUGAGGCAUUCGCCACACUGCGCAAGUUCGGCAUGCGACUCAACCCCGCGAAGUGUGCUUUUGGCGUCACCUCGGGGAAGUUCCUCGGGUUCAUCAUUCACGAAAGAGGAAUUGACGCCAACCCAGAGAAGGUCCAGGCAAUCAUCGACAUGCAGUCGCCUCGGACGAUUAAAGACCUGCAGCGCCUCAACGGGAGGCUCUUCGUCAUGUCUCAUUUCCUCGCCCGGUCGGGCGAUCGCUGCCUCCCCUUCUUCAGGGCGCUAAAGAGCCCGAAGAAUUUUCAGUGGACGGCGGAGUGCGAGGAAGCCUUCAAACAAAUAAAGCAGAACUUGGCCAACCUCCCCCGGCUUGCAUCAGUUUCUCCCGGCGAGAAGCUGGGCCUCUACCUGGCUGCCUCCCAGCACGCAGCUCACCCGGUGGAGGUCAUCACCGACCAACCGCUUCGGCAAGUCUUAUCUAAAUUUGAUGUUGCAGGGUGGCUCCUCAAAUGGGCGGUGGAACUCGGCGAACAUGACAUACGAUACGUGCCCAGGACCGCCAUUAAAGUCCAGUCUGUGGCCGACUUCAUCGCUGAAUUAACCCAGGUCGCGGACGGGGAUCUCGUUCAACCUCCCGAAGCAUGGGUCCUACACGUGGACGGAUCGGCCAAUUCAAAGGGUGCCGGCGCAGGGCUUGUGCUGCUAGCUCCCGACGGACGCUUGUUCGAGCGCUCCCUCCGCUUCGGGUUCCAAGCCACCAAUAACGAGGCGGAAUAUGAGGCGCUCCUGGCAGGACUCAGGUUGGCCCUCGAAAUGCAAGUGGCUACCAUACACGUCCUCACCGACUCGCAGCUGGUAGCCGAGCAACUCAGCGGCGGAUACGAGGCUCGGGACCCAACCAUGGCAAAGUACCUAGCACAGGUGAGGAACCUAACCGCCAAAUUCCCUCAUUUUACAUUAUAUAAUAUUUCGAGGGAAGAGAACGGACCGGCCGACGCGCUAGCUAGGCUGGCGUCAAGGCCGGCCUCUGAAGCUCGGCCCGAGGUCGAGGAGCUCCCCGCCCGUGCCAUAGAAAUAGCAGCUGCGGCCUCAGGCAGCAUGCCGACCACAUGGGUACAGGAGCUACUACGCUUUAAACGAGACGGGACCCUUCCUCCCGACGAGGUUGCGGCUCGGCACCUGCGUCGUACGCAUGCGUGGUACUCCGAGUGGGGUUUGGACCUGCUCGGACCCUUCCCGCCAGCCGCAGGUCAGCGGAAGUACAUCAUCGUGGGAGUGGAUUAUUUCACGAAGUGGGUUGAGGCCGAACUGUUGGCGACGAUAGCGGAGCGUCAAAUUGAAAAGUUCGUGUGGAGGAACCUGGUGACCCGGUUCGGCCUGCCCAAAACCAUCAUUACUGAUAACGGGCCUCAGUUCGCCAGUAGAAGAUUCUAG